UAUAGUUCCUCCAAAUAAAAACAUCCCACUAGACCGACCAUUGACCACUUCUUCUUCCUUCUUCCUCAUUUCCCUACCUGGAAAAACAUGGAGUUUAAUCCAUCGAUUUUCAGAAAGCCUGACCGAAUAGUAUGGAGCUCGGACGUCGAUCACCUAGUCCCGGGUCAUGUUAGAUCAUAUUCAUGCAGCUUUUGCAAGAGGGGCUUCUCUAAUGCCCAGGCACUGGGAGGCCACAUGAACAUCCACAGGAGAGAUCGGGCUAAGCUUCGCGAUCAAUCCAGCGAUGCCACGAAGACGACUCAUCCGGCCUCUGAUGAUCAUGAAGAUUCAUCGCCGGUAGAAUCCAUGGAAGAUGAAAGUUGCAGGCCUAAAAGGCCAUAUAAUUUUUCGAAAGAAGAUGGUGGCGUUUCUAGAGACAAAGAUGGAUUUGGAGAGCCAAAGCAGCUGUAUAUGUUUGUCGAGACAUCGUCGACAUCGAGCAAUGCUGUUGAGGAAAGCAAACAACUGCAUGGUUCAUUGGACACUGACCUUGACCUUGAGCUUCGCCUAGGGUUUGAAAAUCAUGAGGCAUCAAAGACAGGUACCCGACACUAGUUUUGACUUCAUCUAGCAACAAGUCUCUGGAGUUUAAUUUCUCCCUUUUAAUUGUUUUUGAACUUUCAGUUUCUUCUGUCCAAGGAUAUAUAUAUAUAUACAUAUAUAAUACAUAAUUUUUUUCCUAAAAGAAAUUACUAGUAUGUAAUAUGGUGUACGUUAUUCUUGUCCGGUUCUUAAUGCAAUUUUGUGGAGAGGGUCCAUGUUUAAUUCUAUAGACACAAAUAUUCAUGUUUCAUCAGUCUUGACCUUCGUCGUUAUCUCAUAUUCUGCUUGGUGAUAUCAAUUUCAUCCUUGCCAUUCUCACGAAUAUACCGAGCAAAAAAAAAAGAAAAGAAAAAAAACUCAUGAUUGUAUUACAUUUGUGCAAGCAUCAGUUGACGCAUUCAUUAGAAAUAUCAUCAUAUUGUUAGUGGCAUCUAGAGAAAAUUGGGAAACAAUCAAUAAUAAAGGAGAUCAUUGGUUUCAGUUUAGUGAAUUACCCACUACAAUUUGCUCAACAGUAGAAUUCAACAAUGUCGAUCAACUUUAUAAUUUUGCUGAAAGCAGUUUUUUUUACAAGUAUGCAAAUGCAGCAUAAAAACACCAGAUCCCUUGACCCACCCAGUGUUUAAUUUUUAUAAAAAAUAAAAUUAUAU